CAUCUCUUAUACCUUGACCCUACUUUCCAUUUAAAAUUAUAAAACUCCCUUCACGUCUUUUAUUAUCUUGUGUACCCUAAAGAAGGGAAUCGUUUGAGGUCGUCUCUGUUUAUCUUACGAUCGUUUCUAGGAAUCGGCCGAUAGUAAAGACCACCCGUAUAAGGUUUAUUUACUCAUUACGACUGUAUUCAAAUGAAGAAAUAUUUUUAAAGAAAAUAAUUUUAUAUCCUUACAUCUGGCAAUUUUUUUCUUCCUCCAACUGACCUUGCAUAUGAGUACUUCCAGACGGGAUUUAAUCAGUCGUCGAUAUAUGUUUUUAUCUUCAGACCGAAGACAGCUUUACAUAAAUUAAAAGAACUGCCAUCGACUUUUCAGCUCUCCGUUACGAAUUUUAUUCAAAUUAUAAAAAUGUUUCUGGACUUUGCAUUGAUUUUUCUAUGUUGCCACUUGGUUUCUUCGGCAUUACCACGUCCGAAACUGUACGGUAAUGCCAUUCCGGAUCGCGAUGUCGAUCCGAAUUAUUCGUCUACCAGAAAAAAGAUCAUUCUGUACCAUAAUUUCUUUCGAGCACGAGUUAAUCCCCCGGCGAGUAACAUGUUGCAGGUGAGUUGGCACGAUGGAGCUACUGAAGAUGCGGAAAGAUGGGCGCAAGCUUGUCAAGUUCUCUUACACGAUAACAUCACCGGAAGAUGGGUAGACGAUUACGGUUCCUGCGGGCAAAAUAUUUUCAUCGCUAACGUUCGGGUUUCGUGGUUUUUUGCUAUCAAAGUAUGGUUCCUGGAACACCUGAAUUUCACUUAUAACGGUUCCAACAAUAUUCCAUCCGUCGUUGGACAUUAUACGCAAAUGGUUUGGUACAACUCUCACAGAAUAGGAUGCAGUUACUACUAUUGUGGUCCUAACGUCACCGCUAAACCCUAUCACAGUUACAUUUGCAAUUAUUGCCCUAUUGGCAAUUAUCCCGAUCGAUUCAGUCGUCCAUACGACACUGGAGAACCGUGUUCCAAGUGUCCCGGUCAGUGUAAAUAUAACAAACUUUGUACUAACGGAUGCGAUUACGGAGACUUCUGGGCAAAUUGCGGGGAAUUGAAUUCCACGUGGCACAAUUGGUUGUGUGACGACGAAAAUCAGGAACGUUCGCAGGCAUGUCGUGCCACCUGUCGAUGUAACGGAAAAAUACUGUGAUGAUUUUCUUAAAUAUUUUGAUUUCUGUUUUAUGUAAAUAUCAGUUUUUUUGUUUGUUUGUUUAAUUUUCGCCGAAAAUUUGGUCGAUCACUGAAAAUUUUAGCUUGUUUCCAUCCAACUACGUGACAAUUUAGCAGACUUUUCCUCCGUCCUCUACGAGGAUACAUGCGCUGGAAAGGGGGAAGGGGGAAUAAGUUCCAUCGGCGGCUCAAUUCAAGCUCUGAAUGAUACAUUCGGAAACUUAACAGAGCAGUAGAGCAUACUCAUAGGAACAAAAAAGUCAAAGCACCGUACCUCUACACGCAACCCUUCGCGAGAUAUAACCUCUCCAAAAUUACUCUGUGGCAUAUUCCUACGCUUUCUUUUCCAAUCCCAAACAUCCCCACGGAUAUGGGUAAUUCUACGUGAUCGCCACCUUUCAACUGCUACUUCCGGGGAGGCAAUCGGGAGUCGCGUCGCUCUCUCCGCUAAGCGUAUUGUGUGUUUAACUGGCAUAUUCUAACUGGCAAUUAUCGGCAAAGACUAAAGAAAAGCCCGAUUAUUACGGCUAAUUACGCAACGUUUCGCUGCUACGUUCGUACUUGACCCACGACUAGAUCAGUCUCGGCACGUGUAAAAUACAAGCAAACGUUUCCAAGCAUCUUCUAAAAAUGCUGCUCCAUCAUUGAAUGCUAUUAUCUCAGAGGCAAAGAUUGCGUGAAGAGUUGCUAAACCAAAACUUACUACAUCGAAAGAUACCAAACCAAAAGAAUAUCCAACAGAUUCUCUUUAAGACUUACGUGCAAAACUUGCUCCAAAUUCCUGUGAUAAUAGCGAAGUUGCGGCCGAAGUUUUCAUCUUUAAAACGUGAACGUCGAACGUCGA